GGGGGAAGACAUAUGGUGACGGAACACCAGUAGACAUAUCUGCUAAUAACAAUCGACUUUCAAGUGUAUUGUUUGUUAAUUGGUUCAAGUGUGUUCACACACUGAGAGUAAAUAUUACUUCAAAUUGGAUUAAAUAGUAAAACACAAUGUUAGGCUUUAACAGAUGCCAUAAUGGGUGAAUGUUCGCGUCGCCGGUGAUGAAAGUGAAUCAGCAAACAAACGAUUCCGCCUCGUAUUAGCUAACAGGCUAAAGCGGUGGACUGAGCACACAUCUCGUUUAUUAAUUUUAACGUAACCGUAAGAAAGUAGAGGCAGUUUCAGACACUUUCAGAGUAAUUCCAGUCGGUGCGACGUACACGGUCUUCUCCGGGUCAGCACAUACUGCAGAUUGGCAAAAUGAAGAUGUUCUCAGUGUCUCACAAGACGGUCUUUGUGGUGGACCACUGUCCCUACAUGGCCGAGUCCAGUCGCCAGCAGGUGGAGUGUGACGUACUGACAAAGAGCCGAGCUCAAGGUGUCAUUCCUUUGGCCCCCGUGUCCAAGUCCCUGUGGACCUGUGCCGUGGAGUGUUCCAUGGAGUACUGUCGCAUCCUCUAUGAUGUUUAUCCACUGAACAAACUGGUUAAUUACAUUGUGAGUGAUUCAGAGUUUCACAUAUUGAACACCUGGAGGCAGGAGGAUCAGAGCAUUCAUGAGCUCAUGGCAGCUCUGGCAGCUGUUGGGCCACCUAACCCACGUGAGGACCCAGAGUGUUGCAGUAUCCUCCAUGGGCUUGUUUCUGCGGUGGAGUCGUUGUGCAAGAUCACAGAGUUGCAGCAUGAGAAGCGCAUCGCUCUGAUGGACACAGCAGAGAGAGUUGCCAACAGGGGUCGCAUUAUCUGCCUCACCAAUGCGAAAAGUGACACUCAUGUGCGCAUGUUGGAAGACUGCAUCCAGGAAACCAUUAUAGAACAAAACAAGCUGGCAGCAGGCUCAGACAGGCUGAUGGCCAUUCAGCAGUGUGAUCUGGUUUUAGUGCACAUUUACCCACAAGGUGAGGACACACUGGUGUCUGACCGUCCAAAAAAAGAGAUCUCCCCUCUGCUCACCAGUGAGGUAUAUAGUGUUCGCGCCGGGCGGCACCUCUCCACCAAACUCAACAUUCUCGUCCAGCAGCACUUUGACUUGGCCUCGACCACCAUUACAAACAUUCCCAUGAAGCCCACAUUAAAUGUUUGCGAACAGGAAGAGCAGCAUGCCAACACAUCAGCCAACUAUGACGUGGAGCUCCUGCAUCACAAAGACGCUCACCUGGAGUUCUUUAGGAGCGGAGACUUGCAUAUGGCCGGCACCAGCACUCGGGAAAAUGGACUCAAAGAGACGGUUACACUGAAAUGGUGCACUCCAAGAACCAACAGCAUAGGUGGGCACAGCAAGUUCCCAGAACUCCAUUACUGUACUGGAGCCUAUCGCAUCUCCCCCACAGAUGUUAACAGUCGUCCGUCGUCAUGUUUGACCAAUUUUCUUCUCAACGGUCGAUCAGUGCUACUGGAGCUGCCCAGGAAGUCGGGCUCAAAAGUGAUCAGCCACAUGCUCAGCAGCCACGGGGGUGAGAUCUUCCUACACGUUCUCAAUAGCAACCGCUCCACUCUGGAGGAUCCACCCUCCAUCAGUGAGGGCUGUGGAGGCCGAGUGACAGACUACAGAAUCACAGACUUUGGCGAAUUCAUGAGGGAGAACCGGCUAACUCCGUUUUCAGAGGCUUCUCACAAUCCAGCGGGCAAGCUGCCAGCUGAGAGGGCCAAGGCGCAGCUGGAGCGUCACACUCGAUACUGGCCCAUGAUCAUCUCACAGACCACAAUUUUUAACAUGCAGGCAGUGGUUCCUCUAGCCACCCUGAUAGUGAAGGAGACUCUGACUGAAGACGAUGUUCUGACCUGCCAGAAAACUGUUUACAACCUGGUAGACAUGGAGAGGAAGAACGACCCACUUCCUAUCUCCACUGUGGGAUCCAGAGGCAAAGGCCCCAAGAGAGAUGAACAGUAUCGUAUUAUGUGGAAUGAGCUGGAAACAUUAGUGAAAACUCACGCCGGAUCCACCGACAGACACCAGCGGGUUCUGGACUGCAUCAUCGCCUGCCGCAGCAAACCUCCCGAAGAGGAGGAACGAAAGAAGAGAGGGAGAAAGAGGGAGGACAGGGAAGACAGGACAGAGAAAAAUGGCAACAAGGACACGGAAGACAAAAGCUGGCAGGACUCAGAGAGGCUAAAGGGUUUGCUGGAUAAAGAAGAACCGGAGUCAGAAGUGAUCAAGGAUUCUCCGGACUCUCCAGAGCCGCUCAACAAGAAACCACGCCUGUCGAUUGAGGAGGUUCAACCUCCAGAGCGCGCAAAAGGUCCCGUGUCGCUCCUCAGCAUGUGGACCAAUCGCAUCACCACGGCCAAUUCCAGGAAGCACCAAGAGUUUGUUGGAAGAGUGAGCUCAGUCAACAACAAGUUUGAGUUGUACCAGCACCUGAAAGAAGAGAAUGGGAUGGAUGUUCAUGAAAAUGGCAAGGCCACCAGAUGAUGCACCUCCCCCAGAUACAGUACACCGAGAACGAGAUCAGUGGAUCGGUGUUUUUCAGACUUUCGGAGCCAUCUUGCGUCAUCAAAACAAAAAGGACCACACAAUGAUGAACUCAAACAAUGGAUUUGUAAUUUUAUUUUUUACCCAUGAAUUUGUAGAUAUAUCUGCUCACAUGUU